GCCCUGCGGACCGUGGCCCCCGCCCUGCGGGCCCCGGGGAACCAGCGGUACGCGCGCUGGAGCCGGCAGGACAGCCUGGACGGGCCGGGGGGGGCGGAGGAGGAGGGCGUGGGCCAGCGCCGGCUCACCCCGCUGGAGAGGCUGAACCUGGACAUGAGCCAGGACGAGCGCGUGCUGAGAGAGAUCACCAUCGGACGCCGCAUCGGCUUCUACAAGAUCCGCGGAGAGAUCGGCAGCGGGAACUUCUCCCACGUCAAGCUGGGCAUCCACGCCCUCACCAGAGACAAGGUGGCCAUCAAGAUCUUGGAUAAGACCAAACUGGACCAGAAGACCCAGCGGCUGCUCUCGCGGGAGAUCUCCAGCAUGGAGCGCCUGCACCACCCCAACGUGAUCCGGCUGUACGAGGUGGUGGAGACGCUGUCCCGCCUGCACCUGGUGAUGGAGUACGCCGGGGGAGGGGAGCUCUACACCCGCGUCACCACCGAGGGGAAGCUGUCCGACAUCGACAGCAAGAUCGUCUUCUCCCAGAUCCUGUCCGCCGUCAAGCACAUGCACGACAACAACAUCAUCCACCGCGACCUGAAGGCGGAGAACGUGCUGUACACCUGCAGCACCUGCGUGAAGGUGGGCGACUUCGGCUUCAGCACGGUGAGCCGGCGUGACGAGACGCUCAACACCUUCUGCGGCUCCCCGCCCUACGCGGCGCCCGAGCUGUUCCGCGACGAGCACUACGUGGGCGUGCACGUGGACGUGUGGGCGCUGGGCAUCCUCCUCUUCUUCAUCGUCACGGGCACCAUGCCCUUCCGCGCCGACACCGUGGCCAAGCUGAAGCGCUGCAUCCUGGACGGGUCCUACGCCGUGCCCGCCUUCGUGCCCGAGCCCUGCCAGCGGCUGAUCCGCGGGAUCCUGCAGGCGCAGCCGGCCGACCGCUGCUCCGUGGAGCAGAUGAUGGGCUGCGAGUGGCUGCUCCCCGUGGAGUUCCCCUGCGCCAUGGAGCCCUUCCGCCUGGACCCCAUGCACCUGGCCCAGGGCGAGCCCGGGGACCUGGACGACGAGGGGGCGGAGGUGCGGGCCGCCCUGGAGGCGCUGGGGAUCACCGCCGAGCACAUCCAGAACAACCAGGGCAAGGACUGCCGCAGCUCGGUCACCGGCGUGUACCGCAUCCUCCUGCACCGGGCGCACAAGCGCCGCGCGGCCGAGAGCAUGCCCGUGGUCACGCAGGCCGUCGCCGACCCCAAGAAGGACCGCCUGCGCGCCUACCGCAGCCUGCGGCACACCUCCAAGCUCUGCGUCAUCCUGUGA